GCCUUUACGCAAGCAGGAUGUCCACAGUUUGCGAAUAAUUACUCCAACCAGCAAAAUUCCGGAGAGAAAAUAACCACGUUUUAGUGCUUCCAGUAUUGUGGAUACUAACACAGGCCCACAAAGUGAAAGUGGAUUUGGAUUGAGAGAACAGAAGCCACGUUCUUCAGAUAACCUGUGAUGGAAGAGCAGCGGGAUCUAAACAGUACGGAUAGCAGCGAGGGGGAAAGCGUCUCACCGUCUCCCAGCCUUCCCUCGCCACCCAUACGGCCUCUGCAGGUCGCCCAGCAGGCCCACAGAACAACCAACUUUUUCAUCGACAACAUUUUGCGGCCGGACUUUGGCUGCAAGAAGGAACAUGGCCUGGUCCCGCGGGAGAGGGCGCAGACCUCCGGCCGGGAGCGCGUACACUCGGUGGUAAGCAGGCCGAGCCUUCCCGGGACACCGUGCCAGGACUCCAACUGCAGCACUGACAGCACUUCGUCCUCUGCCUCCUCCACCUCUUUGGCGAGUCCCAAAAACAGCAAGGGCAGUGGCGGAGGAACCGCAGCCACCGCUGUUUCUACCGGGAGUAGCGGUGUGAAAGCCGAGGAGAGGACUGGCGGCGGGGCCGGGGAGAACACCGCCUCCUCGCUGGUGGUGCUGACUGGCACCGGUGCACCCACACCGGAGACCCAGCCGCUGCUCUGGCCGGCUUGGGUCUACUGCACCCGGUACUCGGACAGGCCCUCAUCUGGUCCAAGGACACGGAAACUGAAAAAGUCGAAAAGUGGCAAAGAGGACAAGCGGCCGCGCACAGCCUUCACGGCCGAGCAGCUGCAGAGACUGAAGACGGAGUUCCAGGUGAACCGCUACAUCACGGAGCAGCGGCGGCAGUCUCUGGCCCAGGAGCUCAACCUCAACGAGUCCCAGAUCAAAAUCUGGUUUCAGAACAAACGGGCCAAAAUCAAAAAGGCCAGUGGCUUCAAGAAUGGUCUGGCGCUGCAGCUGAUGGCGCAGGGACUGUACAACCAUUCCACCACCACCAUCCAGGAGGACAAGGAGGACAGCGACUGAAGAGCUCGGCUCCUCAGCACACCAUAUACGUUGUAAAUAUCUAAUAUCUAAUAUAAUGAUGACGAGAAGGGGGCUGAGCGGAUCUUCUUCAUCUCCUUCUCCUCUUCAAAAGUGACUACACAGCAGAACAGACUGCAGAC